GCUAGAGGUGGAGGGAUGGUAGAGGCAAAACCAAUGCUCAUGGAAGACAGGAAUGAGGGAUUGGCCGCCUUAAAAAACAAAUAAAAACAGAAAUUAAUCGCCGGCAUAUCAAGAAUGCAGGUGGCUUAUCUUCUCACAUGCUCGCCUUCUCUCUACUUUUCGUUUCCAUCUGCCCGGCGAAAUAUCCCUCCCAUAAUACCUAGAAUUUUCCCGAGGGCGGAGAUGUCAUCGUUUUCACAAGAUGGUCACCCGCCUUUUGCAGAAAACGGAGUAGUGUUGGGGUGUGGCGCACUGUCACUCGACUACCUGGCGACAGUGGAUGCGUUUCCCAAGCCCGAUGAUAAGAUCCGGAGCACAAGUCUUAAGGUUGAGGGUGGUGGCAAUACAGGGAAUGCCUUAACUUGUGCAGCUCGUUUGGGUUUGAAACCCAGGUUGAUUUCUAAGAUAGCUAAUGAUGCUCAAGGGAAAAAUAUUCUGACAGAACUCAAAGGUGAUGGUGUGGAUACUUCUUUCAUUGUGGUCUCCGAGGGAAAUUCACCAUUUACCUAUAUAAUUGUUGACAACGAAACGAAAACUCGUACUUGCAUUCAUACACCUGGAUAUCCUCCUAUGGUGCCAAAUGAUCUAUCAGAUUCCAAAUUGUUUUCUGCCCUAGAUGGUUCAAGUCUUGUGUACUUAGAUGGAAGACUACAUGAAACUGCGUUAGUAGUUGCUAAAGAGGCAACCCAAAGAAAAAUACCUAUACUCGUUGAUGCUGAAAGAAAGAGGGAAGGAUUGGAUGAAAUCCUUAAAUUGGCGACUUAUAUUGUGUGCUCAGAGAAAUUUCCUCAGGCAUGGACAACUAUUCCUUCUAUUCCAAACGCGUUGGUAUCUAUACUUCUGAGAUUGCCUAAAAUCAAAUUCGUUGUAGUAACCCGUGGUGAUAAAGGUUGCUUAAUGCUGGAAAGAAGCAUAAAUGAUGCUCGCGAAGCAGAAGAAGUGGAAAUAGGAAGCCUUCUAGAAUCACUUAUGCAGAAAGUUGAUAAGCGUAGCAUUAUUCCAACAUGCAUCUCUUCCAAAACAAAUAUAAGGAUUAGCGCUGAUGGAAUUGGUUCAAUCAGUGGAAGGCUGUUAGUGGGAACAGCUGAGUUGAUAUCACCUUCAGAACUAACUGACACCACCGGUGCUGGGGAUGCUUUCAUAGGAGCAAUUCUCUAUGCUUUAUGUGCAGGCAUGCCGGCAGAGAAAAUGCUUCCUUUUGCCUCUCAAGUGGCUGCUGCUGGUUGCAGAGCUUUGGGUGCCAGAAGUGGUCUACCAUGGCGCACAGAUCGUCGCCUCGCUCCAUUUUUGGCAAGUUCCAACCAAAACUCGAAUUUUUUAGCUUGAUUUUCUUUCAUACGGUAAUAGUUCAAGUGAAAAAGAAAAUAUGAACAGUUUAACAUUUUUUAAGUUAUGUUCUUGUUGUAUUUUAAUUUCAGAUUUUAUUGUCAAAAUACACUUCAGUAAUAAGGAUUAUAAACCCUAAA